AUGGAAGAAAUGGAGGAUGUACAAUGUUUAAUAGAUGCCUCUGGCGCGAAGCGAACAUGCAAGUUCCUGGCAUGCUUGCUGCAAAAGACAAAAAGAAUUUUAGGAAAAAGAAAAGGCGGUAUAACAACAAUUGAUUUCUUUAGUGACGGCCUGCACUACAGAAGUACAUAUGCUCUUAAGGUUUUAAUUAUGUUGUGCCACUUUGGAUUCACAUUGUACAUCCUACUCAAAGGAAUUUUAAGCCGGAGGAGUUGCAAAAAGCAUUUUAUAAUAGAAAGAAGAAAAACACCAUUGCAAAUCAUUUUUAAUUGUCAAGGUUUUCGGACAGCGCAAAUGGAAUUUCAAAUAAUAGAACAUAAGAAACUGUCAACACCACCAAUGAAUUCGCAAAGAGACAGUAUUCCUUUGCUCUGUCAAAAUACAUUAAAAAGCGGUAUAAAAUAUCAGAACAUUACGCUGAUAGUUUCAGAGAUGAAGUUACUUCACCUGGUACUGUUUUGGGGGUUUGCUGCCUUUUUAUGUGCAGAACAUGAAAUAAAAGUUGAAGAUGAUAAUGAUGAUGAUUCAGACUUAAAGAUAGAGGACAAGCUAGAUACAACAGAUGAAGAAGUUACAGAUAAAGACAUGCAUCCUGAAGAAAUAAAUGAUGAAGAAAAUGAUAUUGAAAACAGCGACAGCCCCGUUAAAAGCAAAGAUGGUGAGGAACAAGAUCCUGUUGCCUGGAUUUCACGACGUAGACGUCGAAGAUCUUCUCGUCGUCGAAGAAGACCUUCAUUUCGACGACGAAAAUUAUUCCCCCUACGACGAUAUCCCUUUCGACGACGAUAUCCCUAUCGACAAAGAUUUAUUUACAGACGCCGCUUUCAUUUUGGAAUAUAAACACUGAAUCUCUCUUUGCUUUCCUUUUACAUAGGGUUUUAAGCUUCUUCAGUUUUUGUAUAUUCUUAUAACCGAACGCACUUAUCCAAGCAGAUCACAUAUCAAUCUAUUCUUUUUAAAGCUCAUAUACGGAGAACACAAACGUUCCUCAAGCGCUAUUUAUGACUCGAACUUCUGUGUGUUCUCGCUGUUUGUGCGUGGCUUAAUUUGUACGGUUGAGCACCUACUAUAGAAAAAACACCCGUCCAAUUAAAUUUCAUUACUUAAGACGAUGUAAUGCGGAAAAAAUGUACGGUAGACAAUCCCUUGUGAACUGUCGUUACAAACUAUCUGUGAAGAUACAUUUAAAGGUAAUGAAAAAAAAUAAUUAAGUAAAAAAAUAUAUGAUAAACAUAAGACCUUAAUUUUAAAGUAUGAAACUCGAUACAAAAAUAAAUUCAUAGUUUUGAAUCAUUAGAAA